AUUUGUUUUCUUUGAAAGAGUUCAGUCACGGCUUGUGAACAAUAAACAAAUGUGGCUAUGACUCAGUUGGGUAGAUAUAAACAUAAAUUUGGUGUGCAGGCUGUCCCUAAUGGAUCCACAAAGUCAGUUCACCGUUUAGUGUUUGUGGAGCAGAGAGAUUUCACAUCACAAUCACAGAUACAAAACUAGGUCACCUCUCCUGUUUAUAGCUUUAGGAGUGAAUGGUGUGAGUUCACAGGUAAUCACUGAACUGUCCUGGGAGCUCAGGAAAAACAUAUGCAUGCAAAUUCCUAAAACAGGUGAAAUAUCUAUUGCCUUUGCUCAGACGUAUGACUGAAUGUGGCUGCUUGUAAAAUGCUGUGUCAUUGCACUAAUUCAGUAUCAGUAAUGCUAAUUCAUAUUUUCUGAAAAUGCUUAUGAAUACUGCACGGGUCACAAGAUGUUGAAACCACUUGAAACAAGUAACUUUUUCCUUUGUAGCUGUGUAACAGUGGCCUUCUGUCCGUGAGUCAUGUGCUGCUUUGCUCAGCGUCAUAAGGGUUUACAUGGACAAUGGUGAACAGAGAGCAUGGAUGAUGCAAAUCUCUUUAAUUCAAGCUCUCAUACUCGAGCAGCUUCAACAGCGCCGUGUUUGCACGAUUUGCUCAGAGCAAGAGCAGCAGAACAGAGGGUUUAAAUGUUGUCUCUGCACUGAGGCAAUAACUCAAACAGCUUCGGGUGAUGGUUUAAGCUGCGGCACAGUUGCUGUGAAAACAGCAGAAGCAGAGAAGUAACUCGAGGUUUUAUCACCAGGGCUUUCAUCUUGGAUUCGUUUUAGCAUUGACCACAAUCUGAGUCAGGGUGUGAUACCAGAUUUCCCACAGUGAGUGAGGAAGUAGUUCUUGUGCCCAUUUAUGAAUAAUUAUCAGUCAGUCUGCCUCGACCUGUCUGCUGUGAGUGAUUGUGGAUUCUAGCCUGAGAGGAUAAAUCAAUAUUUCAUCACCGCUGUUGUAUACUGUUGAUAUUAACACCUGAGGACUCUUGACUGUGUUGAAGAGUGAUGACUGGCCUGGCAGCCCUUUUGUGCCAACCCUCAUCUCCCUUCGAGAUAAGGGAGGCUCACAAAAUAAUCCUCUGAUGCUGUAGUUAACUUUCUUUUAUUUAUUUAUUUAUUUAUUUUUUUGCCAAAUCCAAUUUCAGACGCAAUUAAUUUAAUGGGAUUGUGUAUGUCUGCUUCCCUGGAGUUUGCUGUAAUACCCCAAGCAGGCUGCGUGCCUGCUGUGAUGUCGCAGGGCAAAGAUUUAUGAAAGUGCAGGAGUAGUUUUUGGCAAGAGAAGCGCUGUGUCACCAUUGCAGGGCGACACUGGGGACUGUUUAGUAUCGCAGAGCAGGUAUGCAGCCUUUGUCAUACUGCAGCACUGGCUUGUUGUGGAUAUACUUGCAAAUUGGGGAUCAAGGGAAAUCAUGUAUCAACAAGCACGCUUUGAGUAUGCAGAUUUCUCAGCAUGACACAGCACAUUUCAUGCUGUGAACGCGCCAGUGUUGGGUGAGAGAUGCAAAUAGCACAAUUUGCAUUUCAUUUUCUUCCUGCCGCUGCCACUGCCAGGGUUUAUAAGAGUUGUUUUUGUAGCACUCGUUUUGUCUGAAGAAAAUAAACUCUGAGGAUGUGACAAGGCAUCCCCAGCUUCUUGCUGCUUAGCAACGUAAGGGAUUUCCUAAUAUGGUGAAGCAACCAGGUUGCUCCGCAUGGAGGGGUGUGUCCACAGCGCGUGGAGCUUCCUGCUUUUUCUCCACGCUUCGUGUGAGAGAGACUUUCUGCGUGGUCUACGGUUUAUUCGAAGGCAUGCUGGAGAAACUUGAACUCGAUGAUGACGCUGCUGAACCCGAGAGUGAUAUUUACAUGCGCUUUAUGAAAUCCCACAAGUGCUAUGACAUCGUCCCCACAAGCUCCAAGCUGGUUGUGUUCGACACGGCGCUCCAAGUUAAGAAGGCGUUCUUUGCCUUGGUAGCCAACGGUGUGCGAGCUGCUCCGCUAUGGGACACAGAGAAGCAAAGCUUUGUGGGAAUGCUGACAAUCACGGAUUUCAUCAUAAUACUGCACAGAUACUAUAAGUCACCGAUGGUGCAAAUAUACGAGUUAGAAGAACAUAAGCUGGAGACGUGGCGAGAGGUUUACCUUCCAGCUACAUUCAAACCUCUGGUCAACAUAUCGCCUGAUGCAAGCCUGUUUGAUGCAGUGUACACCCUCAUCAAAAACAAAAUUCACCGCCUGCCUGUCAUCGACCCUGUCACGGGAAAUGCACUUUAUAUUCUCACACACAAGAGGAUCCUCAAGUUCCUCCAGCUUUUUAUGUGUGAAAUGCCAAAGCCAGCUUUCAUGAAGCAGACUCUCGGGGAGCUGGGCAUUGGUACGUACCGUGACAUUGCUUUUAUCCACCCGGACACACCCAUCAUCAAAGCACUCAACAUCUUUGUGGAGAGACGAGUGUCUGCCCUGCCUGUGGUGGAUGAGUCUGGCAAAGUCGUGGAUAUUUACUCCAAGUUUGAUGUGAUUAACCUGGCUGCUGAGAAGACGUACAACAACUUGGACAUUACAGUGACACAGGCUCUGAAACAUCGCUCUCAGUACUUUGAAGGAGUCAUGAAGUGCCACAAGAUGGAAACAAUGGAGACCAUUGUGGACAGAAUAGUCAAAGCUGAAGUGCAUCGGUUGGUGGUGGUUGAUGAGCGCUCUAGCAUCGAAGGAAUUGUCUCCCUGUCAGACAUCCUCCAGGCUCUGGUGCUCAGCCCCGCAGACGCCUGUAAGGAGGAGAACCUGCCUGAGUGAGAGGAGGAAAGGAUCAGCUGACGUAGAACCGCGACGUGAGGGAAUAAGUUUGAAGGUUGAGUUAGGGAGCGCGAGGCUGAGCAGCGUCGGUCUGAACGUCCCUGAGACGCCUGAAGCUGAUGCACUAUAGAGGCUUAGAAACCAAAGAGCUAGACAGCUGAAUGAAGUGGAGUCCCUGCACUGAGGAUUGAUUCUCUGAAUUUAUUAGAAUUUUUUUUUUCUUUUCGUUUGAACACUGAUCAGUUAAACACAUACACGGUGUUUUGUAUUUCCACACACAUACAAACACACACACACGCUCAUACACACAGAGAGGCAUUGUGGCCACCAGCCGGGCGGGAGGUGGGAACAUCGGAUGAAUUAGGGCUUUGGUGUUUUUGGUUGUGUAGUUAUGGUCAUGCUGCUGCCAUGAGUUGAUUUUUUUAGUUGCAUUUUGACAUGGAUACUAAAUGUCAUCACCUCGAGGAAAAGUCCUUUUCUUCUCAGCAUUUGGUGUAGGAAGGUGAACAUUCACAGAUGCAAUUCACUGGUAGCAGAACUACACUUCACCCACAGUGUGGCCACUUUAUGUCUGUUUGUCAGAGCCAACAUGGAGGGAUUGAUGCCAAAUCUUUAUUUGUGCCUUUUGUUUGCCCUGCCCUUACCUGUUAAAACUGAGAGUAUUUUUGCCCUUUAAGUGAGUGGAGUUAUUUGGAGUUUUAUUGACAUGAAUGUGUAAUAUUGAAGUACGGUGGUUGGAAAAUUCUACCUUCUUCUUCUAAUUCGACAAAGAUUUUCGUUUUAUUUGCUUUCAUUUUCUGUGAUUUUUAAAUGUUGUCAGAAGUGUUUCUGGUAAAAGAUUUAAUUCUAAACAGAAAAUCCUAAAUAGAAUAAGACCAUUUUAGCAUAAACAUGCAGCGGUCAGAGGCAGUUACAACUGUACAUGAAUGAGGAUUGUAUUAGCCAAGAAGUAUGAUGCAGUAUUUCGCAAUCAUCUUACAUCAGUAAGCAAAGGAUUUUUAGAUGUUUAAAAACUCUUCUUCCUUUUUUUUUGUUUUGUUUUUUUUUUUUGCAUUUGUUUUCAGUUGUUUCAACACCUCAGAUAAUCUGAUACUCAUAAACAUGCAAAUCCAACUCGGUUGUCUCAGCUGUAGCUCGACAGGACUCAUCUCCAUCUUUGACUGUAAAUAGGAUCGUUUUUGGGAAACAUGUCACAUAAAGCUUUAUUUUUAUGAAUGUGUCAACAUGUUUAAAGACUGCAGUUUUAAUGUUAUUUUUGUAAAUAUAUUUGUGGCAAUAUGUCCCGUUCAAAGAGACUUUGUAUCAGAUCGACAUGUACUGUAAAUGUGCAAGCAUGAGAAACUACACUUCAGCGGUAUGAAUGUUCUUUGUUUUACUUUUUCUAUUUUUCUGGCUACAGAAAAAUAAAUGGACACUGAAUGUACUUCAAA